AAAAGGCAGGAAGUUGGCGCCGCGCAUGCGUAGUUGUGGGAAUGUGGAUGCCGGCGAAGGGGAAAAUGGCGGUGGAAGGGCCCGAGCAGAUGGAGCUAGAUGAGGGAAAGGGUGGAACUGGUCUGCGCCAGUAUUACCUGUCCAAGAUUGAGGAGCUACAGUUGAUAGUCAACGAUAAGAGCCAGAACCUCAGACGGCUACAAGCUCAGCGGAAUGAACUCAAUGCUAAGGUUCGCCUGCUUCGUGAAGAGCUUCAGCUUCUGCAGGAGCAGGGUUCGUAUGUGGGUGAAGUGGUGAGGGCAAUGGACAAAAAGAAAGUGCUUGUCAAGGUUCACCCAGAAGGAAAGUUUGUGGUUGAUGUGGAUAAAAACAUAGACAUCAAUGAUGUGACUCCAAAUUGCCGUGUUGCCUUGCGGAACGAUAGCUACACUCUCCACAAAAUUCUUCCAAAUAAGGUGGACCCCUUGGUGUCGUUGAUGAUGGUUGAGAAAGUGCCAGACUCCACUUAUGAGAUGAUCGGUGGGCUUGACAAGCAGAUCAAAGAAAUCAAGGAAGUGAUUGAGCUCCCUGUCAAACAUCCAGAGCUCUUUGAAGCCUUGGGCAUUGCUCAACCCAAGGGUGUGCUGCUGUAUGGUCCUCCUGGUACAGGAAAAACUUUGCUUGCCCGAGCAGUGGCUCAUCACACUGACUGUACCUUCAUCCGUGUCUCUGGCUCUGAGCUUGUGCAGAAGUUCAUUGGGGAGGGAGCAAGGAUGGUGCGCGAGCUCUUUGUCAUGGCCCGGGAGCAUGCUCCCUCCAUCAUCUUCAUGGAUGAGAUCGAUUCCAUUGGUUCCUCCCGCCUGGAGGGGGGCUCUGGAGGGGACAGCGAGGUGCAGCGCACAAUGUUGGAACUCCUUAACCAGCUGGAUGGAUUUGAGGCCACAAAGAACAUAAAGGUAAUCAUGGCAACCAACCGCAUAGACAUCUUGGAUUCAGCUCUCCUUCGUCCUGGUCGCAUUGACAGAAAAAUUGAAUUUCCUCCUCCAAAUGAAGAGGCCCGGUUGGACAUCUUGAAGAUUCACUCUCGGAAGAUGAAUCUUACAAGAGGGAUCAACCUGCGGAAGAUUGCAGAGCUGAUGCCAGGGGCCUCAGGCGCUGAAGUUAAGGGAGUGUGCACAGAAGCUGGCAUGUACGCGCUGAGGGAGAGGAGGGUCCACGUAACUCAAGAAGACUUUGAAAUGGCUGUAGCAAAGGUAAUGCAAAAGGACAGUGAGAAGAAUAUGUCUAUCAAGAAGCUCUGGAAAUAAAAAGCAGCUGUUGCCCAAUCCAGGCGUUUCAUGUCUUUGCAGGUCAUACAUCUCUGCUGUAAUAUUUACACCCCACUUCACUUUUCCUCUUAUUAAAACUGAGUGUUACUA